AUGAUGCUGUCUUUUGCACUGAGCUUUUGCUUUGUCCAGCUGCCAAUCUUUUGCCAUGCCAUACCUCAAUCAUUCUCUACCCAUCUUCCCAAGCGUCAGGAUGCGCCAUCAUCUGAACUACCAUGUUUGAGUGUCAUCUCUGCAGCAGCACAAGGUGUCUAUAUCUUUGCAGCAUCUGAUGUCUACGAUUGUAUCAGCAGGGUACCUUUUCAUGCAGACGUUGCCUCUCGUUUUAUCGACUACUACAACGACACGUUGCAGUUCCAAAGCACGCUACGAUACUUGAACAACCCUCCGGACGGGUAUCAACAACCAUCAGUCGACGUACAACAAGAACUCGAGAACAUCCGGGCAGACAUCGUCUCAGGCACAUACAAGACCCAAUAUGCUUUCGAGGAGCAAAUACAGGUACUCAUUAGCCGCAUCCACGAUAGUCACGUCACAUUAGAUGCAGGUAUGCUAGCAGCUUUCAAAUUCGCCAGUCCUUACACACUCUUGUCCCUCUCGGAGAACGGCUCAGAAGAGCCAAAGAUUUACCUGAAGGAGGAUCUACUCGCGGCUGCCAAAGAAGGUUACGAUGCCUCCCCAGUCACAAAGAUCAACGGUAUCGAAGUUAUUGAAUAUUUGACGUCGCUGAUAGCACCUAAUUCGGAGGGUUACGUUGAGCCGCACGCUGAUUGGAACUCUCUCUUGAGUAGUCCUGCCAAGGAUAUACAAGGAUACCUCAGCAUUUUCCAGCGUCUGCCGCUAUACCCAGGAGAUGAACUGAACUUUACCUUUGAGAACAAUACAUCUCUGGAUACCAUUUGGCUUGCCUUGUACGCAGAAAACGCACGUACUGGCCCUUUGACUACACCUGGAGAUUUCUACAACUACUUUGUGCUUGGGCUAAUACCUGCUGGUUUCGAUCCCAAUGACGCUUCUUCACCUCCAUGGUGGCCUGCGGAUUACAACAUACCUUUUGAAGAGUACGAAGCUCCAUCGAACCCUGAGCCAGGCUUUGACUGCUCAACCUCUGCAGGUCCGGCGGUAAAUUGGUGCAAUGUUACCAAUGGCAACAUUGGAGCAUAUCCCAAUGAUCCAGUAGUAGUGCAGAACGACAUGUCGAUCACUGGGGCUGGUGCCAUCUCGGGAUAUAUCUUUGAUGACAUAUCUACCGGCGUCCUCAGCAUACCAAGCUUCUAUCAGGACGGCCUUAGUGUGGCUUACUUCUUCAAUGCUAUCGACGAAUUCAUUGGAAAUGCGACCACUAAAGAGAUCAAGCGCGUGGUUAUAGACCUCCAGCAGAACACUGGUGGGCUGGUCUUGCUUGCCAUGACAACCUUUCAGCAAAUCUUUCCUGAACUGCCCCUCUAUACAGGAAGCCGCAUCAGAAGCCAUCGGUGGGCAGACAUUCUUGGUACAGCAUAUACAGAUUGGUGGCAAUCCUUAGAUCCUGAUUCUUUCGAGUCUCAAGAUUCCGCAGCAUCAGAGUGGAUCGCUGUGAAUCGCAUUAAUGCCGCUACAGGGCGCAACUUUGCGUCGUGGUCAGAGUACUUUGGGCCUGUUUUGGAUCGCAAUGAUGCGUUUUCUCAAAAGCAACUCUACAACCUCAGCGAUGGAGUUUUUGAUUAUGACAUGUUCGGAUGGACUUACCAACCUUGGGUGAACUCGAGCUUCGUCGUUGCAAAUCCUGGCUGGAACCCCGAUGAGAUUGUCUUGCUUACUGACGGACUAUGCUCUUCUGCCUGCGCAUUGUUUGUGGAACUCAUGACAGAGCUGGCAGGCGUACGAACGAUAACAUUCGGAGGUCGCCCCCAGCACGGACCGAUGCAGACAGCGAGUGGCAACCGCGGAGCUGCUGCCUACACUUCAAAUCGCAUCGAUUACGACAUCGACAAUCUGAAGACUCUGAUCGGUGAUGAAGCCGCCUUCAACAGUAUUCCGUCCCGUAACGACACUGGCAUAUUCACGAAUUACGCAUUGUUCAACCUCCGCGAUCAAAUGCGCCCCGAGGAUUUGACGCCACUACAAUUUCGCUACGAAGCAUCCGAUUGUCGGUUGUAUUACACUCCCAAGAAUGUUUACAACAUGAGCCAAUUGUGGAGAGACGCCGCCACUGCCACUUGGGAUGAUACGACACUUUGCGUGCCUGACUCCACAAACUAUUCCAAACGCACAAGAACACAACGCAAACCCCCACCGAAACCCAACAGUCAAGCAUUUGUUCACUACACAGUCUCAGAUAUUCAACUAGCAGACCCCCUGGAAGUCUCGUUUAAUACAAGUCAACAACAACAUCUGCCCAGCCAGUUUGGUCUGUGCGCCAGCGGUGGCGUCCUGUAA